GCCUGCAUGAUCAAGUCCAUUGAAGCAAUAUUUAGGGACUAUAUACCCAUUCUCAACGCCGGAAUGCACAAAAUAAAAUGGCUGAUAGAAGAAAGCACCGGAUUCCAGAUUUGGAUCCUGUUCCAGAUGUUUUUCGCGACUCGCGUCGAGGGAUGUCAGAGCGUGACUCGUAGCACCACCGUGAAACUGUUGGCUCUUGUCGGUCCACAUCAACGUUGCGCGUCGCCGUUUUCAAGGUCGAUCCCCUCUCUCCUUUGGAGGUCGAGCCGCGUCGUGGUUGAUUCGUUCUUGGUACAACCCGCUCGCGUGCCGUGCAUUUCCCCGCUCGGAUUGUUGACAGUGCCACUCAGGGGUACAGAGGCGCAGUUAUUUGCCAAAGAGGCGGGUGAGAGUCUCGAAGACCAGACCGCCAAAGACAACAAAGCCCAGGACGCCCAGCCAGAAAGGAGAGAUGGGCGACUUUUGUACGAUCUUUGUACGCUGCUUGAUGUCGUUCUCCGACUUGCCGCGGCGAGCCUCCUGGUCCUUGACGAACUUGGCAUUUCGCCUGCGCUGCUCGAGUGUUUGCGCCAUUGUAUGUAUAUUGGGAGUAUUCGUGUCGGAAGUGAAGACGAACGAUGCUGUGAUAUGGUCGCAGAAGCACCGUAUUGUAUUGUGAUCGAUUGUCGGUGGUGUUAUAUGGCUGGUGAUGGCGUUCGGCUGCCUUCCAGUCGGUUCCUGUUCUGAUCGCGGCGGGAUCUGGCAACGAGCAGAGCACAGCUAGAGCAGGGCCGCGGUGGAUCUGGACAUGUGUCCAGGGACUCCCGCUCCGAUGCUGUGCA